GUGGACACCCCGAGAAGAAGAAGCUUGAAACUUGAUAUAUCAUGGAAGAAAACCAGGUAAAACCGAUUUUAAAUACUCCAGGUCCAGCACCGAUGAAGAAACCAAUUCCAAAGCUGAUGUGCUUGCAAGUUCCUCCUGAAAAGGUGACUGUGAGAGGCAGCACUAAUGUCCUUGUUCCAGCAUCUCCUGGUCUCAGUCCUGCUGUUGGUAUUCCAAGUCAAAUGGCUCAUCCUUCUAUCAACUCUUCUGCCACCAACCAUGGUGCUGUGAGUUCGGGUAUUAGUGCUGCAGCGUCUUGCAGUGCUGGUGCAGGCAUCAAAGUGGCCUCCCUUCUGCCUUCUGCUGCUCUGGCAUGGCCUUCAAACUCUAUUGCUUCACCAGUCAUUAAAAUGACGACUCCUAUUGUGACCAAAGGAGGUGGUGCAGCAGCCAUCCCUAGAAUCACCAUGCCUGCUGGCCACGUUUCUCAGUGGUUAACUGUUGCUGUGUCCAGUGGUGUCUCUCCCAUCACGAUCACCAGUGGACAGAUCGGCAACAAGUUGGCUAUAACUACAGCACCAAAACCUGAGCCUUGCUCCACUAACCGCCGUAUUCUUCCUGCUCCAAGUCCUGGUGUUGUUAGAGUGUCGACUCCCUCUAGAAUAUCUCCCAAUGCUUUAACUAUCCAACAGGGCAAUAAAAACUGCCUUAAACCUAUUAUCGCGGCAAAUUCCGUACAAAAAACAGCAGUAGUUGUUUCUAAUGCAGUUGGGGCUUCAUCACAUGUGCCACUUCAGAAACCUGCUAUUCAGAAUGGUGUCAUAUUGAGUCAUGGUAAAAUAACGGCUGUUAUGCCUAGUAAAAAAACGGUCUCUUCUCCAAGUGAAGCUCAUUUGAAAGCAGUAACGGCCGUCAUACCUGGAGCUUCAACAGUUUCCGUGGUCCCAAUUGGGCUCGCAUCUCCUCCAUUGCGUAAAAAAGAAACUGUUCUUGUUGAUCUCACCGAGGACAAAGCAUCUGAUGAUUGUAUUGCUGUUGAAAAAUGUGCAACAACACGACGGUUGUCUGCUGACGACGUGACAGUGAACUCGUCUGGUGCUCUUGCUGUUGCUGGUCGCGUUGUGAAUGUCAAUUGCACCCUACCCAGCACUCCAAUAAUUUUGCACACUCCCAAGAUACCUCCAUCAGUUUCAUCUCUUCAAGGGGCAGCCAGUUCUACUAUUGGAGUGCGACCCAUCAUCACGGUGCCUCGGUUGAGGCUGACAUCUCACACGGCACUCGCCGCACUGCCUAGUUUAACCAAAAAAACUUCAAGCGGCACUAUUAAGGUAACGGCGGCUGCUUGUUCUUCUGCAGCUGCAGUCAAUAAAAAAUCGUCUUCAUCUGAAAGAAUCUCCUGUUCUAAUGUCAUCACGAACGCUAUCUCAUCUACUUCCUCUUCCCCCAACAUACGAGGUUCUUCUUCGACUACAAUAAGUUAUUCAAAAUCAUUAACUACAUCCUCUGAACGACCCACAGCUUCAUCUAUUUCUACCUUCCUAGCCAGACCGUCUUGUGAUUCUACAGAAGAUUCCAGUGUCUCGUUAGCAGAAUCCUCGAUAGUUGUAUUCGGGUCUGGAGGCGCCGGCUUAUCCGCGUCAGUUACUAUAGAAGACACCGACGUCACCGGCAUUGAAAGCAGCACUUCUGUGGCCCAGCCAUCACCCGACAGCUCGGUUCGUAGUUGUUCUUCCCCGGAAGUUCUAUCCCCUAGUCCAGAUAAAAGCACUGCUGAAAUUUCCGAAGAAGACCAUCCAUGUUCAACAAUUACAGCCAGCAUCGAAACUGCUUCCUGUUCGCUUUCGGAGAAAUUGAGCGCUAUUGGCGAAGAAAAUAAUGCAGAGGGCAAGUUUGGGAGAGACCGUUCUUCAAAAGCCGCCAUAUGUUCAAAGGCGGGCAUCAUUCGCGUGCCGGAUGUGAAGUUAGUUAGCCGGUCGUGCUACGCGGCAACCGCCGAUAAGAACUCUGAGACAUCAGCGGCUAAUUCUGCGGAUGAAACAACCGAUGAUGAGUCAGAUAUUGAGUGUGUCCGAGACGACAAUGAUGGUACAGUGUGUUCCUCCGAGUCCUGUUCCAAUGCACAAGAAAAAGCUUUGCACACAGCGGUGAUCGAUGCUGAAAUAUUGACUGAUAAAAUUGACACGAAAUUCCUGACCAACGACGAGCCUGAUUCUUCAAUGGAUGCGUGUGGAACGACAAAAGUGGAAGGUAGUGUUCUGGAAGAAGCCGCAAACGUUAAAGACGUUCCUCUGCUCGCUAAAGAGGAAGUGCCUGCACAAGAAGGAGGCGAAUCAUCGAGCAAUGCUUCUACUAAAACGGAAAAUUCAGCAGCAGAUGUGGAAGAUGAUGAAUUUUGUUUGCAGUGCGAUGAAGAAAUUCCUGAUAUGCUCUCGAAUGCGGACGAAGAGAGCCCUAAAAAACUUGAAGACAUUAAGUUCUCUGAAGUAUUAGCGCUGGAAAGGCAAAACCAAGUUGCUGAACUGAAAGGCACUAAACUGAAGUUCAAACUCAACGAGUUUAAUGUUCUUGAAAUUGAAAGCCAAACUCACAGUGAUUCUGUGAAAAUGGUUUCUGGUUCAUCAAGCGGAAAUUUUAGGUUUGGCUCAACAGUUCUUAAUUUAGAACGCGCUCUCAAAUCCAAGCAAAAUAAUGAAUCACCCGUACCGAAUAUGUUUGGUUCAGAUAAAGACGAUGUUUCUGCGCCUCCAAACUGCACUGAUAAUGAGCAGGAGUCCAGGAAGAUUACAAACAAACGUUAUUCGACGGCGCCUGGAGUUAAAGGUGUAAUAUCCGCGCCAGCUUCCUGUACUGACGAAGUAGCGAUUGUGGAAGAUUCUGGUGGUGACUCGUGCACGAUCACGGCGGAGGUGGUGCCAGAAGAAAGGCGGGUGUGCGUGUGUCGUGUGUGUGGAGGAUACGGCCUACACGACGAGUUCAUGCGGGGUGGGCGGUACUGCUCGCCUAACUGCUGCAGGGCUGACAACCAAAUCGAAUCUGAUUCUGACGACGAAAGUGACCGCAAACGACGGCGCAUUGCAUCCGACGGAGACUGCAAAGAGGAUAAGGAAAACCGUCUUAGAAAUCGUGCAAAAGAUUUCCCUGACUUCUCUGCCCUGGCUAAGAUUCAUAACUCUCGGUGUCCAUGGCUUGACCAGCGAUCGCAGUUUUCAUGGGUGCGCUACAUCGAGUAUUGUCAGAAAGUUGACGGACACGGUAAAGCAGCUCCUCUUAGAAUAUGGCCUGAGCCUUUCCCUAGCACUAAAAAUCUUUUCCAACCUGGCAUGAAGCUUGAAGGUAUCGAUCCACAGCACCAAAGUCUCUUCUGUGUACUCACGGUUGUGGAUGUCAUGGGUCAUAGAGUCAAGCUUCACUUCGAUGGUUUCUCCGAUGUGCAUGAUUUCUGGACGUACGCUGACUCUCCAAAUUUGUUCCCCGUGGGCUGGUGUGAACGAAACGGACGAGACUUGUGUCCUCCUAGAGGCACGUUAAGAUUUUCUUGGAAAAAUUACCUGGAACAUUGCGGCGGUGCACCUGCUCCGCGCACGGCCUUCGUUAACCCAGCUUGUAGGAGUGCAACCAAAGCGAGUAUUGUUCGACCCGGCAUGAAAUUGGAAGCGGAAGAUCGCAAAAAUGGAUGGAUAUGUGUUGCUACUAUCCAUGACGUUUUGGAUGACAGGGUUCUUAUCCAUUUCGACGGAUGGGGCCCAACUUUUGACUUUUGGACGCAGAUGAGUUCGCCUUAUAUUCAUCCUGUAGGAUGGUGCUCUGAAAACGACAUGAAGCUUUCUGCUCCUCAGAACUACAUUAAUCCAGAAGCAUUUAAUUGGCCGGAGUAUUUGAGAGAAACCAAUUCGUCUGCUGUUCCUGCCAAGGCAUUCAUAUCUCGAACACCGAGGAGCUUCAAGAAGGAUAUGAAACUGGAAGUGGUUGAUAAAAGGAACCCAAUGUUGGUACGCGUGGCCACUGUAGCCGAAGUUUACAACUAUCAGGUAAAGAUUCAUUUUGAUGGGUGGGAUGACAUGUACGAUUAUUGGGUGGAUGAUCACUGCGAGGAUCUUCACCCACCUUCUUGGUGCAGCAAGACUGGGCAUCCUUUACAGCCGCCAAUGGUGGAUGAAGAGGCAGACAGCAACGGCUGCGGGGUUCUAGGAUGCAAGGGUUACGGGCACGUCAAAGGUCCUAUUUACACCACUCAUCACACGUCUUAUGGAUGCCCAUAUUCUGUGCAGAAUUAUGACAAAGAUCUCGAGUCCCUCAUCCCUGACCGCGUACUCAGUAAACCGGAAAAGAAAUCCCGCAAAAUAACUCACAAAUCUGUGCUCUUGGACUUGGGCACAGGAGACCUAGACGAUGAGGAUAGCCUUAAGAAGCGUGUACGGAAACGGAGAAGAUUUUUUGAUGAAAUAUCUGCUCCUGAAAACAAAGUUAAGAUUUCGAAGCCGUUUGUUGACUCUACUGAGGCGGUUAACCCGACAGCGGGAAGUGCAGAUGUUAAUUGUAACAAGGACCAGGAACAAAGCGCUGAUGUUGAAGUUCAUCAGUCUGUGUUCUUCGGUGGAUUUACGCUGCCGUCAAGUCAGCGUCCCGCCCCCAACUGGCGACAUGUCAGACAUCUUCUCGAGCCUCUGAAAGAAGUCGACCGGGACGCGGUCACAGAAUGGUCUCCAGAAGAGGUGAGCGCGGCGCUGGAGCGUCUGCCUGGCUGUGAUGGCGUGAGCGAGCGAUUCAUGAGCCAGGGUGUGGACGGUGAAGCUCUGCUGCUCAUCACUCAAGAAGAUCUGGUCAGGCAGCUCAAGCUCAAACUCGGACACGCGCUCAAAAUCAUGGCUUUUGUUAAUAGUUUACGCUCUAAAGAUAGGUGAAUAAUUUGUUCCAUUAAUUCUUGUGAAUUAUUAUCAUGAGGUUAACCUGUCAUUUUUGUUAUCUAUUUAUUUUUUGAUACCAGUAUUGAUUUUGAUAAAUUAAUGGUAACUAAACUCCUUCGGUGAAUGUUAUCAGAACCUUUUUGUUGUGCAAGCUUGUAAAUAAUUUUUUCUUUAAUGAAUAUGAUAUAAGGGUAUAAAUUUCGUCUAUUUCUAUUCUAAUGUUGAAACAGGGCAACUUCCAGCUGUUGAGAUGUUAAUAGUGCUUCAUGUUAUGGGAAGAAUUCGAGUAGCAAUUAUUGGUGUCAUUCGUUGAUCCAAACCUGUGUAUCAACAGGCGUAGGUUUAAAUAUGCCUGUCUAAUUAUAGUGUAGGGUUGACAAAUGUGACAGUGCUAAUAAUGACUAUUGUGUAAAACAAUAAUGAAUUAUGACUUUGAGACUAAUAACUGAUAGAAUUGUGGGUUCGUAAAUGUUGACAGGAUUAUUGUUGUUAUGCGACUUUUCGAUAUAUAAAGUGCUAUCAAUUCAAUUGCUCUUAAAUCUUUCGAUCUAAGUUUUCCUUAGAACGAAAUGCAUCUAGGAAGUGGGAAGUGCGAGCUCCACAAACAGCCAAUCCAGUCAGACCAGUAAAUUAUUUUAAAAAGCGAAAGAAUCCUUAAAUAUUUCCUGAAUCAAAUGCCCAAAUAGAACCAAACUGUCAAUAAUACAGUAGCAAUCUUCAUAAUAAAUCAUAUAUGGCAACAUGAUUUGAUGUAUUUAAUUAUCGAGUAACUGAUGGUACGAUAAAACGUAUGGUGUAUUAGUCUUGAACAUUUCUGCGCCAGGGCUGAGCAAGUGACUGAUGAGAUUUUGGCCGCAAGACUGCUCUCAUGAGACAAAAAUAAGUUUGUUUUGCUAGAUAGGAUGACGUCAUAAGGAUCUCAAGGCCUGCGUGCGGUAUUUUUUGACGUUCCAUUUCAGUUGUUAACUAGUAAGAUCCUCGUGUUGUAUUGAAACUCAAUUUUGGAAGCUAGAGUGUCAAAUAGUUACUGAUUUAAAGCUCUCUCGUAAUCGUUGUUGAUUUUGGCUUGUGUAGAAAGUUAAUGGACUUUGAAUUUCGAAUGUGUAAGAUAUUUCGGAGGCGACUUAAAAACAUCAAUGUUUAUGUAUCUGGCAUUUAUUCGUGUGAAUUAACCUCUUGUUGCUCGAGUUCAAUAAUUUAAGAAUUUUUUCUAUCGUCAAACGGUAUUGUGCUGCAGGCAUUAGAACUCUCCAGGCUUUCAUCGAAGUUCUUGUUUUAGCUUAUUUGUUUCUACGUCGACUAAUCAUGUGGGUCAAAUGUCCUGGAAUGACAAAGAAAAACUUAUGUUGAAGGCGAUUCUUGUUUGAUACUUUUUCGCGUUAAUUUUUCAACGGUAUGAUUUUUGGCUCAACUCUCGUCCACAAAUUUCUUUACGUCGAUCGCGUCUCCAUUGCCGGGGAAACCAACUUCUGUUGUGCUUUCCUAUUAAAAAGUGAAUUGAACUAUUAAUUGAUAAUUAAUUUUUCAUCGCCAUAUCGGGAAAAAAUUUUUAUGCAAUGCUUUAUUAUGAAAAAAGCACACUGAGGAAUCCACGAUUUUGGCACCGAAAACAUUCAUGUUUUUUUAUGGUUCAUGCCGCCAUGUGCUUCUAUAAGAGAACUAAUAAUUUCUCCAUAAGGCUUCAUCGAUGUGGCUGUGAAUUUCUGCUUCAAUCAUGCCUUGACGUAGGUACUAGCAUUCCGAUCCGUUUGCUGUGUUUAUAAUUGUUUGGAAUCAUUUUUGUAUUACAUCACCGUUUCCGCGUACAAUUGCAAACGGUUGCUCUAGACUCUAGAGUAUCCACGAGAGUAAUCUUUCGUUGUUGCAGGUUGAAAUCAAAGGGAAAGUUUUCUGUGGCAUUUUACAAAUAUCUGGUGAAUUUCCUUACGUUUGGACUGUGAUGGAAAAAGCGUAUUUGCUGCAUUAUCUCCACAUUAAAUGAGUUGAUGGCGUGGAGGAGUGUGCAUUAUUGACCGUUUUGUACCUUAGUUUUUCGUUUAUUGUGAGUUCUGCGUAUUGCAAUUUUAUUAUUAAUUAUAACAUUUCCUCUUGGCGGCUGUGUUGCCAUACUCAUCGUUUUUAGAAUACAGAAAAAUACAUUAUAUUUGUUUC